AAAAAAAAAAAAAACCAUUUUAUAUGGGGGGAAUAAUUCGAAAUACGCAAAAUUAAGGAACACCAUAGCAAAAUCUGAACCCAAAAUUCAAAAACAAUAAAUAACAAAAAUGGAGGGUGCUUUCGUCAUUAUACGUCUAAAAGCAACAGUAUGGAAAGGUCGCCUUUAAGUGAGAGAAACUGAUAGAUGUCACCAUUGUCCCGUCUCGGACGAGGAAAAAGCUCCGGAAAUCUCUCGUCUACCGUUUCAGCCUCCAAAUAACCAAUAAAUAACAUUCAGUGCCACUACUGUCAUCCUUCCCUCGGCUCUCUCUCGCCGGUGAUCUCCCUCCAUUCUAUUUCUAGCUCUCUCUCUAGGUUUCUCUUUCUAUCUCCAUUUCGUUUGGCGACAACGACUUGCUAAGGCUUUUUUCUAUAGACAAACAAAUUCAUAUACAAGUUUCUAUAUAUAUAUAUAUUUAUGUAUAUUUAUCUAGGUUGCGGCUUCUAGUACUGUUACUGGAAGGUAGAGAGUUUCGAUUUUUCGGGAAGAACGUGAAUGGCAAUAGUUUUUCUGAUAGUUUAGCUUCAAAUUUCAAACCAUUCGAGCUCAAUUUCAGAUCUGGAUCUGUUGAUUUUGAUUACCUGAUGGUCCUUUUGAUGUACGCAAGAUUGUGUUUUGAUCUGUGAAUGAUAAAUUAGGGUUGAAGUUUGAAGAUUCGAUGCUUUGCUCUUUUCUGUGUUAGAUAGCUUGUGUUUACCGGAAAAAGAAGUCUUGGUAAGGUUUAUUGAGUGAUUAGUCGUCAUUUUACGGCUUAAGCUUUAGAGACGAUUGAUUUGGGAAUGAAUCGAAGUUUUAGAGCUCCGGAAUCGCAAAUGACGGCCGCGUUGAAGCAGAGGCAGCAAGUUGGGAGUCUCAUGAAUUCGAUGAUGAAGGAGAAGGAGGAUGAGCUCGCAUUGUUUCUCGAUAUGAGGAAACGCGAAAAGGAGCAGAACAAUCUUUUCUUUCAAAACUCGGAAGAGUUUGAUGUUCCGCUAGGAUCAAAACCAGGCAGUUCUCCCAUAUUCAGUAUUACAUCAUCAACCCCGGCUCGCAGGACUGGAGCUGAUGACUUCCUCAAUUCUGACAAUGAGAAAAAUGAUUAUGACUGGCUUCUAACACCUCCUGGCACUCCUCUUUUUCCUUCAUUGGAGAUGGAAUCACAGAAAACAGUUAUGAGUCAGAUUGGAACUCCUAAAGCUCACCCUACAGUGCUGAAAUCUAGACUAGCAAACUCUCAGCCAGAACCUGCUGCAAGGAGCAACUUAGCAUCUAGACAGCCAGCUUCAAUCCCUGGGUUGAAUACUUCAAGUAUAGGAAUUCGCAGGCCAUCGUCAUCAGGGGGUCCAGGAUCAAGACCUGCAACACCAACUGGGCGCUCCGCGUUGACCACAGCUUCAAAACCUGCGUUGACCACGGCAUCUAAAUCCACGUUGACUGCGACAUCUAAACCAACACUGUCUGCCGCGUCCAAACCUUCAAGGUCUUCCUCUACACCUAUUUCUCGGGCUACAUUACCUUCAACUAAGCCCACGAUCCCAGCAAGAUCUUCUACUCCUUCGUCAAGGACUACUGCAAGAUCCUCUACUCCUUUGUCGAGGACUACCGCAAGACCCUCUACUCCUUUGUCAAGGACUACGACAAGAUCUUCAACGCCAACACCUACACCCUCUGUUCCUGCUUCCAAGCCAACAUCAAGAGCAGCGACACCAACUCGUAGACCAUCCGCACAGUCAACUGUGACAAACACGUCUGCUCCUCCUGUUAAGUCUCCUUCAGUUACCAAGUCAGCUCCCAUGACAGCAAGAAAUCCAGUGCAAUCACGUGGUAGUUCCCCAACUGUAAAAUCCAGACCAUGGAAGCCUUCAGAGAUGCCAGGUUUCUCCCUCGAUGCACCGCCGAAUUUAAGAACCACACUUCCUGAAAGGCCACUUUCAGCCACUAGAGGGAGGCCUGGUGCACCCAGUGCUCGAUCUUCUUCUGUUGAGGCUGGUUCUAAUGGGAGGACUAGACGACAAUCAUGCUCUCCCUCAAGAGGACGCCCCCCUAAUGGCAUUACUCAUAGCAGUGGAAGCUCUGUUCCUGCAAUGAGUCGUGCAUAUUCUAAAGCUAAUGAGAAUGUGAGCCCUGUUCUAAUUGGAACCAAGAUGGUGGAACGGGUAAUAAAUAUGCGGAAACUGGCACCACCAAAGCAAGAUGACAAAAAUUCUCCUCAUAGUAACUUAUCUGGGAAAUCUUCAUCUCCAGAUAGCUCGGGCUUUGGAAGAACACUCUCAAAGAAAUCAUUGGAUAUGGCUAUAAGGCAUAUGGAUAUAAGGCGAAGUAUUCCAGGUAAUCUACGACCACUAAUGACAAAUAUUCCAGCAUCCUCUAUGUACAGCGUGAGAUCAGGGCCUACACGUAGCAGGACAGUUAGUGUUUCAGAUUCCCCUCUUGCAACGAGCAGUAAUGCCAGUUCUGAAGUAAGUGUCAAAAACAAUGGCAUCUUUCCAGAUGGAAUCGAAGUAGAGGAUGAUUUUAACAGUGAGAAAGGUGUCCGAUCUCCUGCCAGUGUCCAGGGAAGGUGAUAUUCUGGACCUACUACUAUUAACAGACGAAGCUGCUUUGCAAAUCCAUUUGUCUUUUCAUUUUGGAUCUGUAUCAGCACAACGGCUGAAAGCAAAUUCGUUUCCAGGUAUAGCUGACACGGGUAUGGGUUAUGAUUAAUGUAAAGUUGAGUGGAUGAUUGGGUUAAGUUCGUAUCAGUCAGAGCUUUUGUAUUAUUAGAAUCUCAAUUCUAGAUGAACCGCCUUGCUGGUUCAUUUCCCGUGUUGUGAGGCAUUAUGAACUUGCUGUAAAAUGUUAAAAUCUUUUUAUUCUGGAUCUGAAUUUGACUACCCACUACCCCAAUUUGCUUACUUGACAAAAUUACUAGUGCACGCUUCCUACCCCAAGGUGCAAAGGUUCGGAAAGGACACCACUAUAUCUGCCACCACUAUAUCUGCAUUCGCCUUGAUGUGAUGGUCACGUGGAAACAAGAGAGGAACUUGAGGAAGAAGCUCAGUCACUGGUGGAGAUAGAGCUGCUCAUUCUGUAACAUGUCCUGGAAUAUUAUUUUAUUUUAUUUGAUUUUGUUAGGAACUUCGAAGUGAAAAAUAUAAGAAUACAAAAAGUUGUUAGCAUAUUUUGCUGCUUAUGCAGUCAUACUUUCUUUGCUGA